AUGUCGAAUUCUAAACAUGUGCCAGAAAGCGACAUACCAAAAAAAAACAUCGAUUACAGUUUACAAAUUAAUAGAUGGUUCCUCAAGCCAAUCGGUGCAUGGCCACAAAUAAAUUCGCCGAGUUCAGUGUAUAAAAUCAUGAUACUACUACAAAUUUUCAUUUGUUCAAGCAUAAUAGCAGUCCCAACAAUACCAUGUUUGUUACAUAUGUUAUUUGAGGCAAACAAUAUCAAGCAAAAACUGAAUGUCUCAGGACCGCUACUUCAUAGAGCUUUGGGUUCGAUACAUUACUGGGUGCUGCUCAAGCGUAAUCGUGACAUUCAUAAAUUAAUACAACAUAUGGAAGCAGACUGGAGUCUCAUACAAAAAAUUGACGAACGUGAAGUAAUGCUGCAACAUGCCAAGUUCGGUCGUUUCGUCGUCAUAAUCUGUGCGGUGUUUAUGCAAGGCGGUUUGUUUCUGUAUAGUUUAGGGAAAUCAAUGAAAACUAUAACCAUCAUCGUUGGUAAUGAGACUUUCAAGACGCAUCCAACGAAUUGUCCGAUUUACAGCAAGAUUAUCGAUACAAGAUUUAGCCCUGUGAAUGAAAUCACAUUAGUUUUGCAGAAUCUAACAAUGUUCGUAGCAAGUUUUUCUACCGUUAGUAUUUGCAGUUUGGCUGCUGUUUUCGCGAUACAUGCUUGUGGUCAGUUGAACGUCUUGAAUGCGUGGCUACGUGAACUUGUUGAAAAUCAGAAGAGAAAUGAUACAAAUCAAAAAUUGGCCGCAAUCGUAGAACAUCAUCUAAGAACAUUGAGUUUUAUAUCACGUGUGGAAAGUAUUAUGCACAAAGCUUCUCUUGCAGAAUUAAUGGGAUGUACAAUAUCAUUGUGCUUAAUUGGAUAUUACACUAUUAUGGCUUGGGAAACGUUCGAUACCGCAAAAAUAACGUCUUACAUCUUUAUGUAUUUAUCAAUGGGUUUUAAUAUUUUUAUAUUUUGCUACAUCGGAGAGAUUAUCACAGAACAGUGCAAACGUGUUGGGGAAGUGGCAUAUAUGACUGACUGGUAUAAUCUACAUCACAAAACUGCACGUGGUCUCAUUUUGAUUAUUGUCCGAUCAAAUAAUGUAAUUAAGAUAACAGCGGGAAAAUUAUUCCAUUUAUCCAUCGCAACUUUUGGUGAUGUAAUUAAAACUUCCAUGGUAUAUUUAAAUUUUUUGCGAACAAUGACUAUGUAA